CAUUAAAAAAUAUAAAAUAUUAAUGGAAUUUUAGUGUUGUUAAUGUUCGAUAGAGUUCAAUCAAACUGAUCAUUCACCACUUGUGUUACCUAGUUGUGGUCAUUCAAUUUGUUUUUCUUGUGUCAAUAAGUAUGUGACUGGAGAGUAAACCUUAAUUUGCAAAGAAGAUGGGUAUUUACCUAUAAGAUCUAUUUAAGAAUUCAAUGCAAUGUUCAUAGAGAUAUUAAAUGUUUUCCACAUAAUUAAAGUAUUAUUGCCUUACUUAAAAAACGACGAUCACCUGGUAGGUGUGUUACAACAAUUCAAACAUCUGAUGAACAGUAAUAAUAGAUUCACAAUCAAUUGAAGGAUGUUAGUGAUUUUUAAGGUGAAAAAGUCCUUUUAGAAACUUAAUCUCAGGAAGAAUUGCCUAAAUCUGGUCUAUGUAAAUUACAUCAAAAGGAACUAGAAUUAGUAUGUAAAGAAGAUGGUUAAUAUAUUUGUGUAAAUUGUGCAUUAUUUGGCCCACAUAAAUUUCACAAUUAUCUUCCUAUUGAAUAACAUCUCAAAUAAAUAGAAUUAGCAAUCCAAUAGAUAACAAAUAUUUAUAAACAAUUACAGACUGAAAGAAAUAGUUAAGAAUAAUUUAAACAAUUACUGAUUCUUGGAAUUAAUUAAUAAUAAAACUGUUUAAAAUCUCUUAUAGAAUUACAAUUUGAUGAUCUUAUUAAAUCUAUUGAAGAUAUUAAAUUAUAAGUUUUGCACAACAUUGAACUUAAUUAUUAAAAUACAAUUGACCAUUAAACUAAUAAAUUUGAUUCUGAAUUUAUCUCAUUGUAAAUUGAAGCUGAUAAAUGGCUUAAUCAAGCUAAUAAUCAUUUAAGUCUUUUUUUAGACAACUCUUCAGAAUAAAAAUGUCGAAAAUUUGAUGAUCAAAUUGUUAAAUAAGGAGAACUAUUAAUCUCAUCUUUUGAAAAAAUUAAGGAACAAAUUAAAAUUAAAAUUGAAUAAAAAAAUAACUCACUUGAUAUUUAAGUUCCAAUUUAGCUAAUUUUGAAUUAUAUUAAUAAAAUGAUGGGAUUAAACAAAUCUAAAUCUGAUAUUCUUAAAUAAGAAUUUCUUUAACCUUUAGAAUCUAUUUUAGAGGAAAAAGAUCCUUUAAAAAAAGUUGAUCAAUCAGAUUUUUUAUUAGAUGAUAGAUAACCAUAAGAAGAAACCUUCUAUCAAUAUGAAUAACAUAAACCAUUAUAAAUUGAUGUAACAAAAGGGAAGCGUUAUUCUGGUAUAUUUUCAUAAUCAUAAUAACCAACCUAACCUACUUCACCCUCCUAAGAUAUGACUAAAUCAGUUAAUUUUGCUUCUGGCCAAAAUUAACCUUAAAAAUUAAAAGAAAGAAGUAUGACAUUAUCACAUCAUGAACUUUUGGAUGUUUCACAAAUACUUGUUUAAAAAUAAAAUAAAAUUAAUAAUAACAAUUAAAAUAGCAACUCAAAAUAAUAGAAAAAAUUUACAAAUAAUUAAAAAAUGAAUGAUAAACUAUCAAAUACAUUUAGCAUUAUUCAUUAAGAUAAAAGUGAAAUUAUUGACUUAAGUUCCAUAGGUAUAAAUAAUAUUCUAACCAAGAUUUUUCUGAUUAGAUUAUAUAGAUCUUGGGAGAUUACUUAAAAGGGACAUAAACCGUCAAAGUUUUAAAGUUGAGUAAAUGCAAAUUGACAGAUGAUCUAUUAUAUAAGUUAAUUUUGAAUAUCACUUAAACCAAGUAAAUAUAUAUAAUUAUAAAUUUAAUAGAAUUAAUACAUUGCAUUUACAACAAAACAUACUAACAGAAAAAUGUCUUGAUUAUAUUUUAACUCAUUUGAGAUAAAAUGGUCAAACACAAUUAAAAAGUUUAUAUUUGAAUUAAAAUAACUGUACUGCUGCUAAGGCAAAAAAAAAGAUUGAUGAACUAAAAAAGUUUGGAAUUUAGAUAUCAUUAUGACUUUAGAUCAUCUGAUUGAUGUAUAAACCAUG